AUGGCAGCAAAGCAAUCUCAACAACCAAACGCCACACUAUCCGCAGCUGCAAUGUCCAUAACAAGCACAAAAAGCAGUAUAUCUGAUAACUCGCUAGAGUCAAUGCACGGAUACGGAGACAACUGGUUUGAAAACAUGAACGAAAUGGUCACACAAUACCAUCAGCGGAAAGCCGAACAAGCCUCUCGACAAGCCAUGCACAAUUAUGGAGACGCAUGGUUUGAGAACCUGAACCAUCAACGAGAGGACUUCGAGCACCGCAAAUCAGAAGAACUGGAAAGAGAAUCCCACCAACCACACAAUUACGGAGAUGCAUGGUUCGAAAAGCUCAACCACCAACGGGAAGACUUCGAGCAUGAGAAAGAAGAGCAACAAGGGCGAUCCCGCCAACAACCCCACAAUCACGGAUCGGCAUGGUUUGAACACUUCGAAGGCGACUGGAGUGAGUGGAAGCACAUACACGAGGAUCCAAAAGUGAGGCGAUACGACCGCUUCAUGGACAGUGAUGACGAGAGCUGUGAGCUCGGUCUGUAA